AUGGAACAGAACAACCUCGGGAAGGCCCCUCCCAAGAUGUUCGGCAACAGAGACAAGAGGAACACGAAUCUCUACUGGUAUGGACCCAACAUAGUCGGGAUCAUCAAUACAAUUGCCGGAGGUCCGACGGGAGGAGAUAGCCAGAACUCCCGGAAGAGGACCUACAGGCAAGCUAAUCCAAACCAGGCAGAAUCGAGCUCUCGCCUGUCCGAAGUCAUUUCCUAUGGCCCUACUGAUCCUGUCCCAGCAGCCUCGAGUAGCCAUGAAGCUUUGGUGAUUGAAAUCCUCACCAACAAUUACAUUGUGAAAAAGGUCUACAUUGACCCGGGAAGUUCAGUUGACGUUAUGUACUUUCGCACAUUUGAGGGCCUUAAACUGGGCAGGGGGUGCAUGACCCCGAUGAGAACCCCUCUUGUGGGGUUCGGGGGACACAUUGUGCAUCCCGAAGAGAUGGUGACUCUGACAGUGACCAUAGGGUGUCACCCCCGCUGCAGAACUAUCCCCGUUAAUUUCGUAGUAGUUAGGGCUGACUCGCCGUACAACCUACUCCUAGGUCGUCCAACACUUAAUGCUUUGCGGGCAGUAUACUCUACCUACCAUCUAAGCUUUAAGUUUCCUACUCCUGCGGGGGUAGCCGAGGUCAACAGCGACGUCUGCACUGCCCGAGAGUGUUAUCUCGCCACUCUACAAGCAGCCUCCCCAUCAACCUCCUGGGCAAGACCCGAGAAGAGGUCAAAUAUCCUCUCGAUAGAUAGCAUUGAUUCUCAGCGAGCUGAGAAGAUCCCAAGGCUGGAGACUGGGGAUGAGGUGGAGGAGAUCCCUCUGGACCCCACGAAGCCUGACCAGACAGUUCGCGUUGGGACCCGACUGCCCGGUCCUGUCAAAAGAGUUAUGGUAGAUCUCCUCAGAGAGUACCGGGACGUCUUUGCUUGGGCCGCAGAAGAGGUUCAAGGAGUCCCGCAUCACCUCAUGAUACAUGAGCUGAAUGUCGAUCCCCAAGUCCGCCCGGUCAAACAAAAACGAAGGCACUUCGGCCCUGAGCGUAGCCGAGCUGUGGGCGAAGAGGUAGAUAAGAUCCUCCCUGCAAAGAUCAUCCGGGAGGUCCAGUAUCCGACCUGGUUAUCUAAUCCGGUCAUGGUCAAGAAGGACACCGGGGCCUGGAGAAUGUGUGUCGACUUCACCGACCUCAACAAGGCUUGUCCCAAGGACUGCUAUCCAUUGCCCAAGGUUGACACCUUGGUAGACUCGGCAAUGGGUUAUGAAGUCCUCUGCUUUUUUGAUGCCUUCAAAGGAUACCACCAGAUCGGGAUGAGUCCGGAGGAUCAGGAGAAGACCGCCUUCUACACCGACAGAGGCACAUAUUGUUACACCACCAUACCUUUUGGACUGAAAAAUGCCGGGACCACAUAUCAACGCUUGGUUAACCAAGCUUUUAAAUCUCAAAUCGGCCGGACUGUCGAGACCUACGUAGAUGAUGUCCUCUUGAAGAGCCAGACAACCUCCACAUUCCUUGCCGACCUGAAAGAAGUCCUGGAAGUCCUUCGAGAGACACGAAUGAUGCUGAACCCCAAGAAAUGUGUUCUCGGGGUCACUUCGGGGAAGUUCCUGGGCUACCUCGUCUCUAGGCGGAGUAUCGAAGCAAAUCCGGACAAGGUGAGGGCAAUCCAAGAAAUGUCUCCACCACGGUGCGUCCGCGACGUCCAGAGGCUGACGGGGCGGUUAGCCGCCCUGAACCGGUUUUUAUCGCAGUCCGCCUCCAAGGCACUGUCAUUUUUCAAAGUUCUCAAGAAAGCUGACAAAUUUUCCUGGACGGAAGAGUGUCAACAGGCGUUUGAGCAGUUGAAGGAUUACCUUAACCACCUCCCAACACUCACCUCACCUCGUCCAGGGGACAAGUUAUUCUUGUACCUGUCUGCUGCAACUGAAGCCGUAAGUGCCGUACUGAUAAGGGAGGAAGGUGUCCAAACACCUGUUUAUUAUGUCAGCCGAGUCCUCCGAGAUCCGGAGACCAGGUACACUCAGGCGGAGAAACUUGUGCUGGCCUUAAUCCAUGCAGCUCGUAGACUUAAACCCUAUUUCUUGUCCCAUCAUGUCUGCCUAAGGACAGACCAACCACUUCGGCAGGUCCUAUCGCAGCCGGAGGCCUCGGGACGCCUCACCAAGUGGGCCAUCGAGCUGGGAGAAUACGACUUAUCUUAUGAGUCUCGCACGGCAAUUAAAACCCAGGCUCUCGCGGAUUUCCUUGCCGAGCUUACUUUUGAGGAAGUGAAUGAGACCAUCCCGGCUACAACCCAGGCUGUAACCUCGUCCAACGCCGAGCCUCAACGAUGGACCUUGCAUGUGGAUGGUUCAUCCAAUAGUGAGGGUAGUGGAACCGGCCUGCUCCUCGAAGAUCCCCAAGGAGAAAUUUGCUCGUAUGCCUUGAGGUUUGAUUUCGCAGCCUCAAAUAAUGAAGCCGAAUACGAAGCUAUCAUUGCCGGCUUACAACUAGCUCGAAAGCUCGGGGCCGCGCAUAUCUUGGUCUACAGUGACUCUCAACUCGUUGUGUGCCAGAUACUAGGUGAAUACGAGACCAGGGAUGAGGUGAUGCAUCGGUACCUCUCCAAGGUUCUCCAGUUGGCGACACACUUCGAGUCUUUUGCAAUCCAAAGAAUACCUCGGUCACAAAACAGAAGGGCUGACGCCCUCUCCCGGCUUGCUUCUACCUCUUUCUCCGAUCUGAACAAGACGGUUCUCGUAGAAGUUCUGGCUGAACCAGGAUAUCUAGCUGAAGUCGUGUACCCCGUCUACCCUGGGGACACUUGGAUGGGGCCCAUGACCCGAUAUCUCAGCCGGGGUGAACUCCCCGAAGACCGAGCUGAAUCACGGAAGUUUCAACGAAAAGCGGCUCGGUACACCCUCCGGCAAAGCCUCUUGUACAAGAGGUCUUACCUCGACCCGUGA